AUGAAACGGCAAGUGUUCCGUAGUGAUUUGCAUGGACCGUCUAAUUUGACAUUUUAUCAUUAUCUCUCCCUCAGCCGUCAAAAUGAAGGAAUAAAGGACCGCAGACUCGGUGUCGUGUUCAAGGACUUGCGUGUCGUUGGUGCAGGUUCUUGUACUUCUCUCCAGCCCACCGUGGGUGACACUUUCCAUCCCUCCACGUUUCUGCGCAAGAUAAGGGAAAUUCGCCAUUCCUCAAUCAAAGACAUCUUGUCCGGAUUCGAGGGGGUGGUCGCUCCUGGCGAAAUGCUUCUGGUCCUCGGCCGUCCCGGCUCCGGGUGCUCGACCUUGCUGAAGACGCUUGCUAACCAACGUGGGGAGUAUCAUGCUGUUGAGGGGCAAGUUUUCUAUGAUUCAUUCACCCCGAAGGAGGUCCACGACUCCUUCCGUGGCGAUAUCACUUACUGUCCGGAGGAUGACAUCCACUUCCCGACCCUGACCGUCAACCAGACCCUCUCUUUCGCUGUCAGAAAUCGUACUCCUGCAACACGUCUUCUCGGUCAGACGCGCGAGGACCAUGUUAAGGAUACCACCACGAUGCUGAUGAAAGUAUUGGGCCUCUGGGAUUCGAGAAAUACGUUGGUCGGUAAUGCUCAGAUUCAAGGUGUUUCCGGUGGCGAGAGAAAGCGAGUUUCUAUCGCAGAAGCUUUAUGCUCUGCAGGCUCGCUUGGUGCAUGGGAUAAUUCCACUCGCGGACUAGACUCCUCGACUGCCCUUGAGUUUGUUCGCGCAUUGCGUGUCAUCACAGAUGUCAAACGCACGACGACGAUCGUCUCCCUUUACCAGGCGGGCGAGCAAUUGUAUGAUUUGUUUGACAAGGUCUGCGUUGUCGAUCGAGGGAAGAUGGCCUACUUUGGUUCGACAAAGUCAGCCAAAGAUUAUUUCAUUGAUAUAGGCUUCGAGCCCCAGAACAGGCAGACAACCCCCGAUUUUCUGGUCGCAGUGACGGACCCGAACGGGAGGAAAAUACGACCCGGAUAUGAGAGCUUCGUCCCGCAGACGUCGGAGGAACUUGCUAGCCGUUUCAGGACUUCUGACCUUGGUCGUCAGAAUCAGAAAACGAUCGAACAGUACCGCGAGCACUGCGUUGGCAAUGACGACAGCAAGCAGGCAUAUCUGUCCAGUGUGGCUGCUGAACAUACCAACACGUCCACUGCGUACAUGACUUCUAUCCCCCAGCAAAUCAAAUCAGUCAUGAAGCGCCGUCUGCAAGUUAUUAUUGGUGACAAGUUCGAGCUCUUUGUACUAUUGGCUUCCCAGGUCUUCCAAGGGAUAUAUUUUGGCAGCGUCUUUCUCAACAUGCCAAAUGACACUUCAGCCUAUUUCUCCCGUGGAGUUGUUCUGUUCUUCUCCCUGUUCUUCAGUCUUUUUACAUCUGUUGCAGAAGUCCCUACACUUUUCUUUCAGCGUCCAAUCGUGCUUCGCCACCAGAAAGCCGCGUUGCAUUACCCGUGUAUCGAAAGCCUGGCGCAUACUGUCGUCGAUAUUCCGAUCACUUUGAUCAUUCAACUGCUUUUCGCUGUGAUACUUUACUUCCUGACUGGAUUGCAGCGUUCUGCUGCGCAGUUUUUUAUAUUUUACCUUGUCAUCUUCUUAAUGUCGCAAACCAUGAAGUCAUUAUUCAGAGCUAUUGCUGCAAGCUUUAAAACUCUUUCCAGCGCAUUGGCUGUCAGUGGUAUCUUCAUUCUCUUGAUAUCGCUCUAUGCUGGGUCCACAAUUCCUUGGCCAACUGCUCCGACAUGCUUGCGGUGGAUUAUGUGGUUGAACCCUUUGUGGUGGGGAUUCGGUGCACUUAUUGUGAACGAGUUCCAUACGCUCGACGGAGUUUGCUCCACUCUUGUCCCUCAGGGCCCUGGCUAUUAUAAUGUUUCACUUGAAAAUCAGGUUUGUAUAACAGUCGGAUCGCAGCCCGGGCAGCUUCUCGUUGAUGGCAACAUCUAUGUUGGAUUUACGUACGAUUUUUGGUAUGGUCAUCUUUGGAGGAACCUUGGUGUCAUUUGUGCCUUCCACCUCGGGUUCUUGGCUGUUCUCCUAAUUGCCACAGAAUGCAACACCUCGUCUGCUUUCAACAGCGCCACCGUUCUCUUUAAGCAAGGCUCUAGUGCUAUCGAUGGGAAUGUCGAGGUACUUGACGAGGAGGAGGUAGAUGCAGGUUUUCGUUAUGGAUGCCGCUCCAAGUCAGCUCAUGGUUCGACGUUCGGCGAUCUCGAGAAGCACACCAUGGUCACGGACCUCUUCACGUGGCAGAACCUGCAGUAUGAAGUCCCCAUUGAAGGUGGGAUGAAACGCCUUCUUGAUGAUGUUACGGGUUUUGCUGCCCCUGGGAAGCUUACCGUGUUGAUGGGUGAAUCUGGCGCUGGGAAGACCACACUUUUGAAUAUUCUUGCACAACGCGUCGGUGCUGGUGUGGUGACUGGUGACCGGUUCGUUAACGGACAACUACUCCCCAUGGACUUCCAAGCUCAGAUGCAAGUAUCUGGUUACUGCCAACAACGCGACACUCACCUUCCCGAGGCAACUGUUCGUGAAGCGCUCCUUUUUUCUGCUAAUCUUCGCCAGCCCCAGUCGGUUCCUCUCGCUGAAAAAGAAGCAUAUGUUGACAAGUGUCUUAGAAUGUGUAAUCUAGAGGAUUACGCAGAUGCUAUCGUUGGCUCUCUUGGGAUUGAGCACUGUAAACGCACCAGCAUCGCAGUGGAGCUCGCUGCCAAGCCCACACUUCUACUCUUCUUGGAUGAGCCCACGUCUGGCCUCGACUCGCAAUCUGCCUGGGCUAUCGUGCAGUUCCUUCGUGAGCUUGCUGACCAUGGUCAGGCCAUUCUCUGCACAAUCCAUCAACCUUCAGCGGAGCUCUUCCAGGUCUUUGACAGAUUGCUGCUCCUUUGCAAGGGUGGACAGACCGUCUACUUUGGCGACAUUGGCGAGAACUCCUCGACCAUGCUGAACUACUUUGAGCGUAAUGGGGCCCCACGCUGCGGAUCCGACGCCAACCCGGCGGAAUACAUGCUCGACGUAAUAGGUGCUGGAUCAACUGCUGUCUCCACCACGGAUUGGUACGAUGUCUGGAAGCAUUCAUCAGAAGCGGCGCAGCUUCAAGUUCAGAUCGAAAAGAUGCAUGAAAAUGGUCGUACUCGCCCACAACCGCUUAGCGCUCGCUACCCCAUAUUCCCCACUUCAUGGUCUCACCAGUUCGUUGCCCUCACCCAACGGAAUUUCCAAGCAUACUGGCGCAAUCCUACGUAUAUCCGCGCCAAGUUUGUGCUCAACAUCGCUGGUGGUCUCCUUGCGGGCUUCACAUUCUUCCAGGCAGAUAAUUCUUUGCAGGGCACCCAGAACAAGCUGUUCUCAAUCUUCUUCUCCAUUAUGCUCUGCAUUGCCCUCGUCCAUCAGCUCAUGGCCGUCUACAUCGACAUUCGCACAGUGUACGAAAUCCGUGAACGUCCUAGUAGAAUGUAUAACUGGACUGCUCUCGUCAUGUCGCAGCUUGUUACUGAACUUCCUUGGAACAUGUCAAGUUCGGCAACGUUCUUUUUCUGCUGGUACUGGACUGUUGGAUUCCCCACGGACCGGGCAGGCUACACGUUCCUCAUGCUCUGUAUCGCGUUCCCGUUGUACUAUACCACGCUUGGACACGGCAUCGCGUCCAUGGCGCCGACCGCUCCAAUUGCAUCCCUAUAUUACACAGCUCUCAUUAUGAUUAUCAUGGUCUUUGAUGGCGUCAUCCAGCCGUUCAUGGAGCUUAAUUGGUGGAAAUGGAUGUACAGAGUCUCUCCUUACACAUACAUAAUCGAGGGUCUACUUGGUCAAGCUAUUGGCGGGGAAGCUAUUAGCUGCUCUUUCACAGAACUCGUCUCCGUCAACCCGCCGAAGGGUUUGACGUGCGGCCAAUACAUGGGUCCCUUCAUGGAAUUCGCCGGCGGCUACCUCACGGACGCUGAGGCCGCAGGGGGCUGCCAGUACUGUCCCUACAAGACUGCUGACCAGUACAUGGACUCGAAGUUCAACAUUCAAUACAGCAAUCAUUGGCGUAACCUAGGUAUCGUCUUCGGAUUCGUCGCAUUCAACAUUAUUGCUAUUUUCUGGUUCACAUAUUUCAUGCGCAUUCGCACCGUUAGCGUGUUUGCUUCUCUUAAGAAGUUAACUCGCAGCAAUUAG